CGCGACCUGCAGUCUGAUGCCCGAGCAACCCCCUGACCACUGGGAAUGGAAUGAGUCUAUGCCCUCCCUCCGGAUAAGUGUGGGGAGCCUUCCUGUGCUGGCGUCCAUGACCAAGGCUGCGGAUCCCCGCUUCCGCCCCCGCUGGAGAGUGAUCCUGCCAUCCUUUGUGGGUGCCGCUGUCCUCUGGCUGCUCUACGCCCACCGCCCGUCCCCAGGCAGGCCGCCCCCCCACGUCGCACACAACUGGAGGCUCGGCCAGGCACCUGCUGAUCGGUACAAUGACACCUACCCUCUCUCUCCCCCCCAGAGGACGCCGGGGGGGAUCCGGUACCGAAUUGCAGUCAUCGCCGACCUGGACACGGAGUCAAGGGCCCAAGCAGAAAACACCUGGUUCAGUUACCUGAAGAAGGGCUACCUGACCCUGUCAGACAGUGGGGACAAGGUGGCGGUGGAGUGGGACAGAGACCACAGGGUCCUGGAAUCCCACCUGGCCGAAAAGGGGAGGGGCAUGGAGCUCUCCGAUCUGAUCAUCUUCAAUGGAAAACUCUACUCUGUGGAUGACCGGACAGGGGUCAUCUACCAGAUCAACGGCACCAAGGCUGUGCCCUGGGUGAUACUGUCCGAUGGCGACGGAACUGUGGAGAAAGGCUUCAAAGCCGAGUGGCUGGCUGUGAAGGACGAGCAUCUGUACGUGGGCGGCCUGGGCAAGGAGUGGACCACCACCACAGGGGAGGUGGUGAACGAGAACCCCGAGUGGGUGAAGGUGGUGGGCCACAGAGGCAGCGUGGACCACGAGAACUGGGUGUCCAGCUACAACGCCCUGAGAGCCGCAGCUGGGAUCCGACCGCCAGGCUACCUCAUUCACGAAUCUGCCUGCUGGAGCGACACGCUGCAGCGCUGGUUCUUCCUGCCUCGCCGCGCCAGCCACGCACGCUACAGCGAGAAGGAGGACGAGCGUAAGGGCACCAACCUCCUGCUGAGCGCGGCCCCAGACUUCAGCGACAUCUCCGUCAGCCACGUCGGGGAGGUGGUCCCCACGCACGGCUUCUCAUCUUUCAAGUUCAUCCCCAACACUGACGACCAGAUCAUCGUGGCCCUCAAGUCUGAAGAGGACAGCGGCAAAAUCGCCACCUACAUCAUGGCCUUCACGCUCGACGGGCGCUUCCUGCUGCCCGAGACCAGGAUCGGAGGUGUGAAAUAUGAAGGAAUAGAGUUUAUUUAAAUUUUAAAAAUUAAGAUGUUGAGCAAGUCUGAGGAGUGGACAGUUUUAAGCCACAUCGGGACUCAAAUUUUAUAAAAACCAGAGGACUGCACUUGUGUUUGGUUUGUUCUUUUCAGAACUAUGAGGUGUGUGUCUGGUUUAGAGCUCUCAACACAGGGGGUCCAGCCCUGGUGUGGGAGCAGCCAGUGCAGUCCGAGGAUCUGAACAGCAGCGCUGCCAUCUGGUGGCCACAGUCGGUCGCUGCAGGUCUUCAUCUGGGGCCCAUCCGUUUGCAUUCCACCCUGCCUGUCCUCCAUCCGACUCCCUUUCCUGUCUUUCCGUUUCUUUUGUUCAAUAAAUACUUCUGGCACUGUCA